GGGGCGGGGCCGGAGAGGCGGAAGCGGCGGCCGCGCUCGAGUCGGAGCCGUAGAGCAGGCAGCGUCCGGGCCGGCGGAGCGGCGUCGGCGGGGACGCGCCCGCGGAGCGGCGGCCCCUUCGCGCGGCUUCGCGGAGGCCGCCAGCGCCGGGGCCGGAAGAUGGCCUGGGUGCUCAAGAUGGACGAGGUGAUCGAGUCCGGGCUGGUGCACGACUUCGACGCCAGCCUCUCGGGCAUCGGGCAGGAGCUGGGCGCCGGCGCCUACAGCAUGAGUGAUGUCUUGGCAUUGCCCAUUUUCAAGCAGGAAGACUCCAGCCUUCCAUUGGAUGGUGAAACCAAACACCCCCCCUUUCAGUAUGUGAUGUGUGCUGCGACCUCUCCAGCAGUGAAGCUGCACGAUGAGACGCUCACGUACUUGAACCAAGGUCAGUCUUAUGAAAUUCGGAUGCUGGAUAAUCGAAAAAUGGGAGACAUGCCGGAGAUCACUGGGAAGUUGGUAAAGAGCAUCAUAAGAGUUGUGUUCCAUGACAGACGGCUACAGUACACAGAGCAUCAGCAACUUGAAGGUUGGAAAUGGAAUCGCCCAGGAGACAGACUUCUUGAUUUAGAUAUCCCAAUGUCUGUGGGAAUAAUUGACACCAGGACAAACCCAAGCCAGUUAAAUGCAGUUGAAUUUCUGUGGGACCCUGCAAAACGCACGUCUGCUUUCAUUCAGGUACACUGCAUCAGCACAGAAUUUACUCCACGAAAGCAUGGAGGUGAAAAGGGAGUGCCUUUUAGAAUCCAAGUGGAUACCUUUAAGCAGAAUGACAAUGGAGAAUACACAGAUCACCUACACUCAGCUAGCUGCCAAAUCAAAGUUUUUAAGCCUAAAGGUGCAGACAGGAAACAGAAAACUGACCGAGAGAAGAUGGAGAAGAGAACUGCUCAUGAAAAAGAAAAGUAUCAGCCCUCCUAUGAAACCACAAUCCUCACAGAGAUGAGGCUUGAGCCUAUAAUUGAAGAUGCAGUUGAACAUGAGCAGAAAAAGUCCAGCAAGCGGACUUUGCCAGCAGACUACGGUGAUUCUCUGGCAAAGCGAGGCAGUUGUUCUCCAUGGCCUGAUGUGCCCACAACCUAUGUGAAUAACAGCCCCGCCACAGCGCCUGCAUUCACCUCCCCACAGCAGCCCACUGGCAGCGUCCCCGACAGCAAUUCUUCUUCCCCAAAUCACCAGGGAGAUGGAGUUUCACAGUCCUCUAGUGAACAACUUCAACCCGCAGCCACCACCCAGGAAACACAGCAGUGGUUGCUCAAGAACAGAUUUUCCUCCUACACAAGACUGUUCUCCAAUUUUUCAGGUGCCGACUUACUAAAGUUGACAAAGGAAGAUUUAGUACAAAUUUGUGGUGCAGCCGAUGGAAUUCGGCUCUAUAAUUCACUGAAGUCAAGGUCGGUCAGGCCCCGCCUGACCAUCUACGUCUGCCAGGAACAGCCGGGUGGCACCCCGCUGCACGCACAGCAGCAGGCUGUGGGCAGUGGGGGCGACAAUGGCAGCGGGACGCCUUAUGUUUAUCAUGCAAUCUACUUGGAAGAAAUGGUUGCCUCAGAAGUUGCUCGAAAACUUGCAUUGGUGUUUAAUAUUCCUUUUCACCAAAUUCACCAGGUUUACAGACAGGGUCCCACUGGUAUUCACAUUCUUGUUAGUGAUCAGAUGGUUCAGAACUUUCAAGAUGAGAGUUGUUUUUUAUUCUACACAGUAAAAGCCGAAAAUGGUGGUGGUAUCCACAUAAUUUUGAAGUGACAUCCUACAUAGUCUGAACUAUAUUCAGUACCAAAUAGUCACGCUUAAAAGUGUGUGAAGACUGAAUCCAAGAAGUCUUUGGGAUUGGAUUUUAUCGUAUGAAAUGUUUCAUAUUGAAAACAUACGACCUUUGUACUGAGCUGUGAGGUGCCUCUGCUCCCUGCCGCUGCCAGAGCCCAGCCUCCUGCGGGGUGAGCCGGCCGCCAGGCCAGUGGACACAGAUCCUGGAGGAACCUCUGCUGUCCGCGUCCACUCCUGCGGCUUGGAAGUGAAUGUAGAGACGUUCUUGGGCAUUUACCUUUCUGUGCCAGUGUGGCUCUCACUGCCUGAACCUUCUGCUGGCCUGGGGCAGGGAGAGUCCCCUGAGUUGGGCUGGAGCCAGCACGGACCUGUCUGCGGAGAGAGGCAGGGACUGGGGUCAGGGAAGAGGCCCCGCACCUCCUCACCAGAGAUCAUGUCUGUGUGUGUGUGUGUGUGUGUGUGUGUGUGUGUGUGACGAGAUCGUGCCCAUCCGCCGGGGAAGAUCCAAGCCGGGAAGGCGGGCUUGAAGCAAACUGCAUUAUCAAGAGUACCUUGGUGAGAGGAUCAGUGUAAAUCCUAAUAGGUACAAAGACUUGUUUUUUUCCUUUGUUGUGGAUUUAUUGAAAAACUUUGCUUCUUCCAUUUUAGCGUUUGUUUCUGAUUCUCAUUUUUGAAGCCUCAUUGCCUUUUUUUCUGUUUUUCCUCCAUUUCUGACCAUCCUUUCUGUCCCACCCCAUCUUCAGACAGUGAAAAUAGAUGACCUAGCAGGGGAAAAUAAUUUCUGAUUGAUGUUAAGGGAUUUUCAUGGAACUGAAAUUAUUCAUGAAACACUGGAUACCCUAAACCAUACACUAAACUGUAGCAUAAAAAUUAUUCACACUUCUCAAAUUCUGAAUGCUAAUACAGUCAUGGAUGAACAUUCUGGUGAUUAUUUAGGGCUUUUUUAUAUGCCACACAAUAGCUUUUUCAAUAGAGUGCCUCUCUCGCAGAACCCAUUGCUUGUCCGUAGUGUACUUGUAAAGGGAGUCUGUUUCCGCACCCACCUUCCCGUCUUUAUUACCUCCCUUUCCAAAGUCGCCAGCAAGCAUUUCUGUGGCGUAGCACUCGGUUCUUUUAAAAGGCUUUCCAUUUUAAAGAUUGCAUUACCUACCCAGGUGUUUUAUUUUUGAGUGUAUUCCUUGGUCCUUCACUUUGUUCAGGUAGAAAUGAGAUAGAGUAAUUUUUAAUUUGAAACCUCUUCCAGACUGCAAACUUCUUCCGAGUCCGUGAAAGCUCUGAGUUUAUGUUUUAUUCAUCAAGAGGGUUAUCUGCUACUAAGAAGCGCACCGCCUCUGUUUUCACCUGGGGUGUAAAAGCACCUACUGCUCCAUGUUGGCGCAGGAGAGCUCGCUUGUCUGUCUCCCCUGCUUGCCUAAGCCCAUGGGUUUCUGUACCAGUAUCUUUGGGGAAAGAAAUGAGCUUCUCUCUUUGUUUUAGAGUUUUGGUUGUCUUGUCUAAUUAGCAUUCUUUUUUUCCUUUGUCUCAAGAUUUAUGGAACAAUAAAUGUCAUUUAAUGCUG